CUGCGCCGCGGGCGGAAGGUCGUGCCUGUGACCUGCUUGGGUUUUGGCGGUGUAAUCGCCAUGUUGUCUGUCGCCGCUCGCUCGGGUCCGUUCGCCCCCGUCCUGUCGGCCACGUCCCGCGGGGUGGCGGGCGCGCUGCGGCCCCUGGUGCAGGCCGCGGUGCCCGCCACCUCCGAGUCGCCAGUGCUGGACGUGAAGCGGUCCUUCCUGUGCCGGGAGUCGCUGAGUGGCCAGGCCGCGGGCCGGCCUUUGGUCGCCUCCGUGGGCCUCAGUGUCCCUGCUUCUGUUCGUUAUUCCCAUACGGACAUCAAAGUGCCUGACUUCUCUGACUAUCGUCGCCCUGACGUGUUAGAUAGUACAAAGUCUUCAAAAGAGAGCAGUGAGGCUAGAAAAGGUUUCUCCUAUUUGAUAACUGCAACAACUACUGUGGGUGUUGCGUAUGCUGCCAAGAAUGCCGUCUCUCAGUUUGUUUCCAGCAUGAGUGCUUCUGCCGAUGUGUUAGCCAUGUCGAAAAUCGAAAUCAAGUUAUCCGAUAUUCCAGAGGGCAAGAACAUGGCUUUCAAAUGGAGAGGCAAACCCCUGUUUGUGCGCCAUAGAACCAAGAAGGAAAUUGACCAGGAAGCUGCAGUUGAAGUGUCCCAGUUGAGGGACCCACAGCAUGAUUUAGAACGAGUAAAGAAACCUGAAUGGGUUAUCUUGAUAGGUGUUUGCACUCAUCUUGGUUGUGUACCCAUUGCAAAUGCAGGAGAUUUUGGUGGUUAUUACUGCCCUUGCCAUGGGUCACACUAUGAUGCAUCUGGCAGGAUCAGGAAGGGGCCUGCACCUCUCAAUCUAGAAGUUCCCUCAUAUGAGUUCACCAGUGAUGAUAUGGUGAUUGUUGGUUAGAGACCUGGACUCAAGUCAUAGGCUUCUUUCAGUCUUCGUGUCACCUCAGAAGAGUUAUUUGAGAACAAGCCGUCUAUACUUGAUUUGAAAUAUUUAAGAAUUGCUAAUGUGUUUGCAAACGUGAAGUAAAUUGAAUUUAAUGUUGAAUACUUUCAAGUGUUCACCUAAUAAAGCCACUGUUAAACAUUGUUAUGCUCAAAGACUUCAAAGGUGCAGUGUCUUUGAUAGUUAAUGCUAAUUAAAAAUUACAUACCGAUGUACAGGA